AUGUAUGAUAGACGAACUAAAUACCAUUUUAACUUAAUUUUGACAAUUGGGGAUUAUUGGGGGUGUGAUAAUAUUGUUUAUGAAUGUGAUGCGCUUUUUGUAUAGGGAAAUGGAUAAGAAAAUAUAAAAAAUGUUUUUGGGAAUGCCUACAGAAGAUAAUCGUAAGGAUGUUGGUUCUAAGAAGAAGCGUGA